AUGCAUUUAGAUAAAACACAUUCAGGUAUAUUUUCCUUUAACAAUGGAGAAAAUAAUAACCUUAAUAACGAUGAAAGUGAUGAUAGUAUACAAAUGUCAUUAAAUGAUAGCAGUUUAGACUAUAGUGAUGAUACAGAAAGUGAAAAUGAAGAAUAUUUUGAUUCAAAUAAUGAUUCAGUUUCUACUCGUACAAGUAGCAAUACUGUACCAAUUUUAAAUGAAGAUGAAGAAAAAGAUGAAGUUAUAAAAGCAAUAAUUAGAUCAGGAAAUAUAAAUACAAAUCAUCCUCCAUCUAUUACAAUGGAAGAUCAUGUAGUAGAUAUAUGUUUUCAUCCUAAUGCAGAAAUGAUCGCUGUAGCUAAUAUUGUAGGAGAUGUAUACUUAUAUAAGUAUAACAAUACAGAAACAAAACUGAUAUCAACUUUGGAAUUACAUCUUAAAGCAUGUCGUGAUAUAGAAUUUAAUGAAACUGGUUCAGUUUUAUUUUCUACUGCAAAAGAUUUAUCUAUAAUGCUCACUGAUCUUGAAACUGAAAAAUUAGUAAGAAUUUAUGAAAAUGCACAUGAGGAGCCAAUAUAUACAAUGACAGUAAUUGGAGAACAUAUGUUUGCAACUGGAGAUGAUGAUGGCGUAGUUAAAGUGUGGGAUCUUCGACAAAGAGGGAAUAUACCUGUAUUUUCAUUAAAAAAAAUGGAAGAUUAUAUAAGUGCUAUCAUAACAAAUAGAGAAGCAAAAUAUUUAAUCUGUGCAAGUGGGGAUGGAUCUCUUACUACAUUUAAUAUACCAGGAAAGAAACUACAUGUUCAAUCAGAAGAGUAUGAAGAGGAAUUGACAUGUCUUGGCUUAUUUAAAUCUGAAACAAAAAUCUUGGUUGCUACAAGUAAAGGAAAAAUGUAUGUAUAUAACUGGGGAGAAUUUGGUUUUCACUCUGACGAGUUUCCAAAUUUAACUAAGAAAUCUAUAAACUGUAUGAUUCCAAUUACUGAAAAUGUUGUGAUAACAGGAGGAGAAGAUGGAGUACUCAGAGCAAGCAGCUUAUUUCCACAUCAUCAUCUUGGUAUAGUAGGACAACAUAAUCUUUCUAUUGAAGCAGUUGAUGUUAAUAGUGAUGGAACUUUAAUUGCAUCUUCUGCACAUGAUAAUGAUAUCAAGUUUUGGAAUGUACAAUACUUUGAAACUUUAGAUAUCAGUGUAAAUGUGAAAGGUGGAAAACAGAAGCAGUUAAAAUGUAAUCUACCAAGUAGUAAAGUUGAUAAUGUAUCUUCUUUUUUCUCUGAUCUUUAG